CCGCUUCCGCUUCGCGCCCCCCCACGGCCGCUGCGGGCCGGGCCGGCCGGGCUGGCGGCAUCGGAGCUCCUCGUCCCUGCCGGCGCCGAGGCCCCGCAGCCGGGUGGGUCGGAUCGGAGGCGCUUAGAGCCGGCGAGGGGUCGGAAGAUGCUUUCCGAAGCCGCCCGUCGUUUCCUCGCGGCGGGCAGCCGGCCCCGGCCUCGCCGUGCCGUCUCCUCGGGCGACGUGAGGGGGUAGGCGGGGAGGCCGCGCCGGCGGGGAUGGCGGGAGCAGAGAGCGGGAGCGGAGCCUUCUCCAUGUCGUCGGUCGUCGCGGACCGGAGCUUGGUGUUCUGGACGCUGUGCUCCGUCAUCCUGCCCGUGCUGAUCACCCUGUGGUGCAGCUUCCACCGCUCCCGGCGGCAGAUGCUGAUACGUGACAUCUUUUACAAGAGCGAGCACGACUGGCACUACACGGACCUCUUCGGGCAGCCCUCCUACUGCUGCGUGUGCGCUCAGCACGUCCUCAGAGGCACUUUCUGCAGCUGCUGCGGGCUGCGUGUCUGCGAGGGAUGCCUGAAGAAGGCCGACCAGCAUUUCCUCUGCAAGGAAAUCGUGAUGAGGAGCGAAGGUGGAGCCCGCGGCUCUAUGCCGCACCAUUGGAUCAGGGGCAACGUCCCGCUCUGCAGCCACUGCGUGGUGUGCAAGCAGCAGUGCGGCACGCAGCCCAAGCUCUGCGAUUACAGGUGUGUGUGGUGUCAGUGCACUGUCCAUGAUGAAUGCAUGUUGGAUUGUUUAAAGAUUGAGGAGUGCACGUUUGGAGAAUUCAGAGACCUGAUUAUUCCACCCUACUACCUGUCUACAAUCAACCAGAUGCGUAAAGACAGAAGAACUGAUUAUGAAAAGGUGGUCCCUUACUGCAGAGAGCACUGGAUCCCAGUAAUCGUGCUGGCAAACACUCGUAGUGGGAACAACAUGGGAGAGACUUUACUAGGAGAAUUUAAAAUUCUGCUGAACCCUGUUCAGGUUUUUGAUUUAAGCAAAAUUACACCUGCUAAAGCACUCCAACUCUGUUCCUUGCUGCCUUGCAAUGCUGUCAGGGUUCUUGUCUGUGGUGGGGAUGGUACAGUAGGCUGGGUCCUGGAUGCCAUCGAUGAAAUGAAGAUAAAGGGGCAAGAACGCUUUAUCCCACAAGUUGCAAUUUUACCUCUAGGAACAGGUAACGACCUGUCCAAUACACUGGGCUGGGGUGCAGGUUAUGCUGGAGAAGUUCCUGUGGAACAGAUCCUACGCAAUGUGAUGGAGGCAGAUGGAAUCGUGCUGGACAGAUGGAAAGUUCAAGUGACAAGCAAAGGAUACUACAACUUAAGGAAGCCAAAGGUAUUCACAAUGAACAACUACUUUUCUAUAGGACCUGAUGCUCUUAUGGCUCUGAAUUUCCAUGCCCAUCGUGAGAAGACUCCCUCUCUGUUUUCCAGCAGAAUUAUUAAUAAGGCCGUUUAUUUUUUUUAUGGAACCAAAGACUGCUUAGUACAGGAAUGUAAAGAUCUUAACAAGAAAGUUGAGCUAGAGUUGGAUGGUGAGAGAAUCGAGUUACCCAAUUUGGAAGGCAUCAUUGUCCUGAACAUUGGAUACUGGGGAGGUGGCUGUAGGCUCUGGGAAGGAAUGGGUGAUGAACCUUAUCCCUUGGCAAGGCACGAUGAUGGACUUCUGGAAGUUGUUGGAGUUCAUGGUUCCUUCCACUGUGCUCAGAUUCAGGUGAAACUAGCCAAUCCUGUUCGUCUAGGGCAGGCACAUACAGUGAGGCUGAUCUUGAAGAGCUCAAAGAUGCCAAUGCAGGUGGACGGAGAGCCGUGGGCUCAGGGGCCAUGCACUGUUACCAUAACUCAUAAGACACACGCACUGAUGUUGUAUCAUUCGGGUGAACAAACAGACGACGACGCAUCCAGCGUGUCUGAGCAGGAGCACGUGAGAGAGCAGACAGAUGAAGAUGCUUAAAUUCCGUGGGACGCAACAGAACGCAGUGAAGAACUUCGACCCAUUGAAAACACUGAGAAUGCUUGAUCUAGCUUAAGGAUUAUGCUGUAAGGUUCAUACUUGUGAAUUAAUUAGGGUUGAGGAAACCAUGGUUUCACAUUCACGAACAUUUUCGCAGCUGAAUUACCACAACUGUUUUGCCUUUUAGACUGGCAGUGGUACCCAGCCUCUCCAGCUGGAGAAGUUACUGUGAUGGGAGGGAAGGGCCAGAUGCUGCAGUUCUUCCCUGCUGUAGAAUCACAUCUUGUGCACAUAUGCAGUAUUGCAUGCAAAAGGUGUAUACCCUUGGAAAGGAGAACCACUGGGAGUUCAGCCUGCUUGCACCUCUUCUUUUUCCCGGGGACAGUUCCAUAACAGAAAACCAGAAUAGGUAGAAUAUGAGCUGUUUUUUUUGAGGACAGCCUGCACCUGGCUGCCAUCUCUUGGGAGCAGGAUAAAUUCUUUUUGGUGUGCCUGCUUGUGCAGUAACACAUCUUAUAGGUUUGACUGGGAAAGUGGAGGAUGUGGGGGCUCUUGGCAAGGCACUUUGCAAGUAACAUGUUUUUGGACCAAAGGUUUCUGAGAGGGGUAUGGUAGCAAAUGACUCUGUUAGUGGCUUUGUAAGCCCAAGUACCCAAAAUACAGCUUGGAAAUAGUUGUACCGUGAUUUGCACUGAAUGAUCCUCUGACUGCCUGCUUCAGUUCAGUGAGAGAUUAAUUCUACUUUUUGUAAAUAGCAAUGCAUUUUAGUUCUUAAGGAGGCUUGCUGGAGGAAAACUUGACAAAGGAGCUGUUCAAAAUAUAUAUCAGAUGGUUUUAAAUGAUGAUGGCUGGCAAACCAUCAUUAUUAAGGUAUUCAAGAGGCUUUUUAAAGGUCUUGCUUUGAAUUACCUGAAAACAAUUGGCAGCAAGUCCAUCUGUUCACUGUUUCAAUCUGAGGAGGAGGGCUAGGUUUGUGGAGGUUAGAAGGUUCAGUUGUUCACAUGUUCAUUGGGCUGGAGGGGGAAUUAAAUGUUUGAUUUCUGACUGGCCUUUAAGGAAUCAGAUCUCUAUCGACCCCGAGUCGUCAUUCCCCAUGUGAGUGUAGGGCCAUAGUAAGUGGCUUAUACUCAUAUAAAGGCUAAGUACACAUACACCAGUGCUUGUACACUGUCACUUUGACAUAUCUGAAGCUUCUCAGGUGAAAACACCUUCACAGUUAACAGAAGUGAAAACCUGCUUCCUAUUUUUCUUCUGAUAGGUAUUUUAAACCCGCAGCAGAUGAGAGUUAAGAUCAAGGACCUGAACUUCCAAAUGUUGCUGCUUUUGUCAAAUUUCCCCCAUCGCUUUUCAUUUUUCUUUAUGCUGACUGUGAGAGACACCAUUAGGUAAGGCAGGUUGUCUCUGGGUCUUGCAAGAAGAAACUGUUUUUCAACAGUCUAUAAAACGAAGUUUGCAUUAACAGUGAAUGAACUAUUUACAUUUUAAAAUAAGUUAUUAAGCCUUGGGGAAGUUAGUGUUUUUAAAACCCUUAAUUGUAGUUCUAUCUGGAUGUUUAAAUUGAUAGUAUUCAUUCUAGGAAGUGUACGUGCUGGGUCUGGCACUACUACUGGUUAUCUGGAAAUGUGAUCGGAGUAGAAUGAACUGUAAGGCAGAUACCAUUUGAAAUGUCUCAUUCAUCAGCCUCCCACACCUCAUCUGAGUUGUUUUAUAGUAUGUAAAUAUAGAGGUCUAUGUAAAAAGUAUUUAAAAUAUGCAAAAACAUGCAAUGUUAGAUAAACCUGUUGCCCUAACUUUUUUGUUUUGUUACAGAGUUUCAAUUUGUAGCUUCAGAAGCCUUGUAGUGGAAAGUUGUUUUUAUUUGUUAACUUACAGACAUGAGCAUCCUACAGAUAUUUAAGUUCUACAUUGUGCUUCUCACAUAACUCUCAUGUACAAACAGAUGGCUCUGGAAAAGCAGAGUAUGUGCUCUGAAGGGCAGUAUUUCCUCACAAGAAGUCGCACCCACUGGCUGUUGAUCUGAACUGUUCAGAGUGCAAUUUGAAGAGCUCCCUGACAUUGAUCAGGUGAUUUUUCACAUUAUCUUAUAGCUUAAAAAUCUUCAGCGGAUCAAAAACUUCCUUCUUUGAACUCCCAGCAUCUAGAAAAAUGACUUGGAAAGCUUCGCUUUUCUUUUCUCCCCUCUUUGCUGGUAGGUAAGCUGGUUUUCCACAUCUGUUCUGCCUGGGCAGGUUCCACUGAUGCACACUUAGUGCACUUUGCCAGGAAUCCAGUCCUGAGUGUGAAAUACUCUUUGGGAAAUGGAAAUCUAUCAGUACCUUUGCAGAAAGCAAGGAGGAUGAGAAUUGAAAGUAACAUCUAGGUGUGCGUUUGUUGGCAGAGCCCCUGUUAAAUGGUCUGUAUUGCACAGAUCAUUCCAUUCCUGGGUGUGGGAGUGAAGAGGUUUGUUUCACGAACUGACUGUUGGUGAUUGCAGGAAGCAAUAGGUGGCAAGUCUAACUGUUACAGACAUGGAGAGCUUCUUGUAUAUUUGCAUUGAUCGUGUGGAGAAUAUGCUGUAUGUGUCCAGUUUCCAACCGGGCAUGUGGUCAUCCUUCUAUUGCAACUGUAUAUAGUUGUCAUAUGCAUGAGGACAAAAGCUUUUUAAGCAGAUGUUAGCACUAGGAUCCAUUGGGAAGUCUUGCUGCUGCUUCCUAUGCUCCAUCCUUUCAUUUAAAUGCAUCCUCUUUUCCACUGUGUUGCAAAUAGAGUUGGUUAUUUUGAGUUACUCUUAUGGGACUGUUUAAGUUUUGGUCCAACUUCUAAAAGUGAAUGUGAGCAAUGGGCUCCCAGAUUGUAACGCUGACAUAGAUUAUUUUCUGUAGCCUGUAAUAUAGCUGUAGUUGUUUAAUGUUGACUUGUGUUGUGGCUUUAAAACUGCUACAUGUUUUUGUUUUAAUGUUGUUGGUACAGAAAGCACUGGUACAAAUGGCUGCUGUACAGAUAGCUCCCUGAAAGCACUGCAAACCUCAAAAUACUGCAGUACAUCAUUUACCCAGAAGAGGGUAUUCUGCAGCUGGGCCUCACGGCCUGCCCAGAAGGAUUCUCCCUUGCCCUCUUACUGAUGAAUACUGAGGAAAAAUAAAGGCAAACAAUGAGUAGGUUAUUCUGGCAGUCUUCACACAGUGUAACCUUAUGUAAAAUGUGGAGAGUGAAUACUAACAAAAACUGUCAAGCACUCAAAAGUGGUUGCCAGGAGUUGAUUUUGAACACGCUGGCGUUACAGAAGCUUGGUCAGAUUCUGUAGCAUCCUUUGUAGGCUCCCAGUCCUGUGAAAUGCAAACAGCAAACUGAAGGAGAGCCUUCCUGUGCAUGGCUUCCUGCCUGGCUCCAACCUCGUUUGUUUGUGUGCAUGUUGAGAGGAGAGUGCAUGUGUGCAUUUCCAUACGCACAGAACUUUUUGUCUUGGGCUUCCUUGGACUUCUUUAUUUAUGCAUUUCUCCACUUUGAGCUUUCUCUUUGAUGCUUUAUGCUGGCUAACUUGUCAGCAAAGCACGUUGAAUGGUUUCACACAGCAGCCCACCUUGUUCAGUUGCCUCAAUCGCUGAUUUACUCAGAUAAUUCCUGGGAAAUAUUAGAAUGGGCACCUCAGGCGUAGCAUUCCUGUUCUCACAGUGCAGUUUUUGCUCUCUGCUGCUGGGGACGAGUGUCCACAUUUUCCACAGGUUCUCAGAACCAGGAGUUGAAGUUCUUGUUUCAGUUCCUUCUGCCUCUGCGUUACAUGCACUGAUGCUCACAGCUUUUUUUCAGUGUAUAUUAUCGUAUCUAACUGCUUAAAGCAAACCAACUUGAAGCACUGUACCUUAGCUGUAAACAGCAUAACAGUAUGAAUGUUACAGUACUUAGGAACGCUUUGUGGAAGAGCAG